AUCAAACCUCUUCUCCUCUUUCUUUUUUCUUCGCCUUCUAAUCUUCUUGGAAGAUUAAUUCAAAGUUCGUUUAACUUUUAUAUCAGUUUAAAAUGGGUGACAUUAUCGGUCACAAAGAUAGGCAAAUAUGGUUAUCCUCUCAUGUCCUCCAAGAUCCCUUGUUUGAUCAUUCCAAGAAACAUCAGUUGCAUAAAUCCCUCAAGAACCACAACUACCACCAUCAUGGCAGCGGUGGAUUCCGUCGACCCGGUGCACCUCCUCUCAGAGAAAAUUUUUCUAUGAAGUAUAAUACAAGGCAAAAUAAUUGGCAAAGGAGUAAGGGAGAGGACCAAAUGCAAGCAUUUUUCUUGGUUUCGCCGGGCCGUACAACACCUGGCACUGGCGUUUUUCUCCCGGCCAACGCUUCUCAUCCGCCAACCAAUAAACCAGCUUACUCGCCGGUGCUUCUCCCGACGCGUGUUGUUCAAGCGCUCAAUCUUAAUGUUCACAACAACGGAAUUCACAUUUCCCCCCGUUCAGAAAUUCGAGAAACUGAUUCUAAGUUGAAGAGCGAAAUGGGGCAAACACCUAUGGACGUUGAAGUCAAAACUCCGAUUGAUUCGCCGGAGAAACUUCUCCCGGAUGAAUGGAUUUAUUAAUGAUCCGACCAGGGUGCCACUGACCAAUUUUUACAUAUAUUAAUGUGGAGAAGUAGAGUCAAAUAAAAAGAAAUAUUAUAAUGAAAAAUUCUUGUGUCGUGUAUGCUUCGUUGCCUUUGGAUUAGUAGUCAUUAUACCCCAAAAUAAGAUCAACCCAUUUGUCACUACUGUAUAUAUUCAUGUUGUGAUAUAAGUUAUAACCAAUUUGCAAGUUUGUCUCUCCUUCUCUCUCUUUGUUUUGUUCUUUUUAAAGUUUGCAUAGCUUAGUUGUUGUCACAAUGUCUAAGUUAAUCACUAAUAUUAGGCUAAAAGGAGAAUCAAGUAUGCAGUAAAACCCUUUAAAAAAAAGUAUGCAGUAAACCUUUUACAAUCGGUGCAAGAGUUAAAAUCAAUCAACAUUUUGCUGCUUUCUGCAAAACUUAUAUAGCAUCUCCAGUAUAUUAUUGCAUUGGAAUUCAAGUAACACUAUACUAGAAUUGAGUUUCUCUACAAUCAUACUCUAUUCAGAAUAAAAAAAAAUUAACAAAUAUAAAUAAAUAAAUGAAUUACCCUAUUUUAAGUAACAUAUUUAACUCUAUUGUGAAAUAAAAAAUAAAUCAGAUUUGAAAAGAUUUUACUAUAAAAAUCUAUUUACAGUAAAAACAGAGAAAGGUUGAAAAUAUCAUCGAAACUAUAUAUAUAAUAGAAUAACAAAAUAAUUUAAAAACAUUUGUUUCAAAUUGUCACUAGAAUGAUAUAGUUUUAAAAUAAUCUAAUAUAUCAAAUGACUACAAAAAAAUGGGCUUUUGUCAAAAUUAACCUAUAAUUUCAAGUCAGCCCUAAAACCAACCUCUUUUUUUCCAUUAUUAUUCACCCAUAAAAUCUCCAAACCCUCCUUAAAGAAAUAUUUUAAGUUUUCAAUCACUUUAACAAAUAUUUAAAGUGACGGUCACAGUUUAUAAAACUAAAAUCUCUGCAACUAAGAAAAAGAAAAAAUAAAUAGAAGCCAAAAUCCUUAAGGAAGUCAUUAAUAGUAUUUUGUUUUAGUUAAUAAAUUGUAAUCUUAUUUAAAAUUUAAUAAAAUAAUUAUUUUGGUUUCAAUUUAUAUUAAGGUUUAGGUGAAAGCGUUAGCGUCGUGAAAAUUAGCGUUUUUAUUUUUUGUAGCUAUUUUUUAUUUAAUUUAAUAUUUUUUAAUUAAUAAUCUAUGUGGAAAUUUGAUUGGUUUUAAAGGGUGGGGUGAAUUUAAAGGUUCUGUCCUUUAUUAAAUACUCUGAUAGUUAAAGGCAGCCAAUUAAAUUAAGACAGAGCCAUUCAUUACUAGUGAGCAGGACCUGCUUCUCCUUAUCGUAAUGAACCUUCAGUAAGAAAAUCACAUUUGUUUAUCUUGAGGCUCCAGUAAUGUGCUAAUGAACAAUGUGCACUUCCACAUGCAGAGUCCUGAAUAGAAAAGGCUUAGAGAUGUAAGUAAGAAGGUGAGAGUUGAUCAAAGCUGCUGCCAUGUAAAUCCAUGUUAGUUUCUUAACCUCAGUGACCCCUAUUUUAGGAAAAAAGAGUCUACUGCAGAAAUCAUUAAGGAGAUCCUACAGGAGCAGCAGCGUUCCUCUAACAUCGACAAUGGUAGCUCCGUUCAAGGCUUUAGAGAACGUGGAGAAAUCAUUUGAGCUGUACUCGCAAGUUGUAAUCACAGGGAAUUUCAGUUCGAUGAAGAAAGAUCCUUAAUUUGGCUUCACAAUCAUCAGUUAGAAUCCCUGAGUGAGUUGAAAACUCAACCGUGUCAGAAGAACCAACCAGUCCGUUUGAGAAGACAGUGUGAGCAGAAGCUAAUGUUGAGCUUGAGUCACAAGGUCAUGAUCAUGAAGAUCCCAACAACUAGACAGCAUUGGAGCGAGCUUUUGUUUAUUUAAAACCAGGAUAUCUAAUUCAUAAAAUAUUUUAGUGUUAACACAUUCAAAUGUGGUUAGAAAGUUAAGUUGGACUCAAUCUUAGAUAUAUGGUUUUGGAUGGUUA